CAAAACAGCAAACUUUCGCUCAAGAACCCUUUCCAUUAUCACAAGGCCUCCCUAUAUAUACCCCAGCCAAAACAAUUAGCCUUGUUCAGAUAACAGACUUUUGAAAUUGGACCAAAUCCUUCAUUCAUUACUUCAAUUUUAGUCGUGUUCUUUUUGUACAACUUUAUGACAAUGGUAGCAGCAGAGAAGCACGUCCAUGAUCUGCCAGAAGACUGCAUUUGUACCAUAAUAUCUCUCACUUCUCCUCCGGACGUACUAAAACUAUCGCUCGUUUCAUCAACUUUCCGGUCAGCGGCAGAAUCGGACUAUGUUUGGAAUGUUUUCCUGCCUUCUGAUUGCCAAGAUAUUGCAAGAAAAUCAGUCACCCUUUUGAAGUAUACUACAAAAAAGGAGCUUUUUCUCUGUCUCUGCAACUCCAUUCUAAUAGACGGUGGCAACAAGAGCUUUGCUUUAGAUAAAUCAACUGGGAAGAAGUCAUAUGUAAUUUCUGCAAAAGAACUUUCUAUUUUAUAUGGAGAUGAACCAGAUCAUUGGAACUGGAAACCUGUCCCACAAUCAAGGUUUGCAGAAGUAGUUGAACUGAAAACAAUAUGCAGACUAGAAAUACAGGGGAAGAUGAAAACAGGGGAGCUAUCUCCAAACACAACAUACGGAGCUUAUCUACUAAUGAAGAUUUCAGAUAGAUCAUUUGGGUUGGAUUCUAUUCCAACAGAGAUCAGUGUUAAAGUGGGAGAUGAGGAAUUCGUCAACACUGCGUAUCUACGCAACCCAAGGAGCAAGAAAGAGCAGCUGGAAUCUUUGUUUUACAGGAAUAGAAUGGAGAUUUUGAAGUCAAGAGUAAACAAAGGGGAAGAAGGACUGCCUCGUGAAAGGGAGGACGGGUGGUUGGAAAUUAAGCUAGGGGAAUUCUUCAAUGGAAGAAAUGGCGAUGAAGAUAUCAUAAUGAGGUUGAUGGAGGUGAAGGGUUAUCAUGUUAAAGGUGGGCUUGUCAUUGAAGGCAUUGAAUUAAGACCUAAACACUAGGGUAAAUGAGAGUGUAAUUGUCUGAUUGGAUGUAUUUUUGUUUUGGUAUUUAGUUUUUAUUUAUAUACCUUUAUUGUGCU